AUGGCAACUGGAAAGGACACAUCGCUGCUGCCCUUGAUUCUUGCUGUCGGGAUCACAGCACUUGUAGCUACCGGACAAAAAGUAGGGCAACCAGAAGUGGUGACCAAAUAUGGGAGAGUCCGAGGGUACCAAUUCAAAGUAGACGCAGCUGAGAGGAGUGUAAAUGUCUUCUUGGGACUUCCUUUUGCUAAGCCUCCAGUUGGACCACUGAGGUUUUCUGAACCCCAGCCACCUGAGCCAUGGAAAGGUGUCAGAGAUGCCACUUCCUACCCACCAAUGUGUCUACAGGAUAAAGUACAAGGACAGGUCUUUUCAGACAUUAUUACUAAUAGGAAAGAAAAAGUUCUUCUCCAAGUGUCUGAAGAUUGCUUAUACCUAAAUGUGUACACACCCGUUUCUACAGAAGAACAGGAGAAGCUGCCUGUCUUUGUAUGGAUCCAUGGAGGUGGAUUAGUUUUUGGAGCAGCUUCAUCAUAUGAUGGUUCAGCAUUAGCAGCCUUUGACAAUGUGGUGGUUGUAACAAUUCAGUACAGAUUAGGUAUCGUUGGAUAUUUUAGCACUGGUGAUAAGCACGCCCGAGGUAACUGGGGGUAUUUGGAUCAAGUAGCAGCUCUUCAGUGGAUUCAGGAAAAUAUUAUACAUUUUGGAGGAGAUCCAGGAUCCGUCACUAUUGCUGGAGAAUCUGCAGGUGGAAUCAGCGUUUCUGCUCUUGUCUUAUCUCCCCUGGCAAAGGGCUUGUUCCAUAAGGCCAUUUCAGAGAGCGGUACUGCAGUCAGGGUUUUGUUCACUGACCAGCCUGAGGAGGAAGCACAAAGAAUUGCUGCUGCCUCUGGCUGUGAAAAAUCCAGUUCAGCUGCAAUAGUUGAAUGCCUAAGAGAAAAAACAGAAGAAGACAUAGUACAGAUAACACUAAAAAUGGAUUUGACAGCACUGAAGCUAUGUUAUACCUCACCUGAAAAAUGUGAACAGUCUUCCCUGUUCAUCAGUGCAUCUGCAGAUGGUGUAUUUUUUCCGAAGAGUCCCAGGCAAUUACUAUCUGAAAAAAUGAUCAAUGCAGUUCCAUAUAUAAUAGGAGUAAAUAACUGUGAAUUUGGAUGGGUACUUCCUAUGACAAUGAAAUUUCCUGCUUACACAGAUGGUCUGGAUGAAGAUGUUGCACGUCAAAUUUUGCAGAGCUCCUUAGCAUUAUCACUGAAGGGUGUUACUUCUGACGUUGUUGAUCAAGUAUACAAUGAAUACAUAGGGAAUGCAGAAAAUCGUGCUCAGGUGCGAGAUGGCCUUCUUGAUGCAAUAGGAGAUCCUUUGUUUGUUCUUUCAGCCAUUGAAGUGGCUAGAUACCAUAGAGAUGCUGGCAACCCAGUCUACUUUUAUGAAUUUCAACAUCGACCAAGUUCAGCGACAGGUGUUGUACCAGAGUUUGUAAAAGCAGACCACACAGACGAGAUUGCCUUUGUCUUUGGAAAGCCAUUCUUAGCCGGGCAUGCUACAGAAGAAGAAAAUAAACUCAGCAGAACUGUAAUGAGAUACUGGACUAACUUUGCUAGAAAUGGAAAUCCCAACGGAGAAGGCUUGGUCCAUUGGCCUCAGUAUGAUCUGGAUGAAAGAUACCUGGAAAUAGACCUAAUGCAAAAGGAAGCAAAGAAAUUGAAAGAACGCAAAAUGGAGUUUUGGACACGGCUCACACAACAAAUGAUGAAUGAAAGGAGAGAACACACAGAUUUAUAAAAGUUGUGGAGGGUGUAGUUUGCUUUUAAAACCUGAAGUAAAGUCAAACAAAAUUAGUUUGUCAGGAUGCAGGGUUUAAUAAUCACCUUCUAACUCACUAUUAUGUAAUCUGUUGUCAUGAUCACAGUGAAAGGAGAGA